AUGGGUCGCAAACUCGGCCUCUUUAGAGCCGUUUACUUGGUCUCGGCUAGCUGCAUGGGUUCUUUCGCCUUCGCCUUUGACACUGGAAUCAUAAGUGGGGUUCUUUCUUUGACAUCGUUCCAAGAAGACUUCAAUUACUCCCAUUUCACUAAAGCUCAAAAGACGACCGUCAACUCCAACGCAGUCUCUAUUCUCCAGGGGGGUGCAUUUUUCGGAUGUUUCCUCAUUUCCCCGAUUGCAUCAUAUUUUGGCCGUCGCACAGGGCUCAUCAUCAGCUCUCUUGUGUUCACACUAGGCACAAUCUUGCAAGUAAUCAAUACGGGCACUCUGGGAACUUUCUAUGCAGGUCGGGUCGUCGCAGGGCUCGGUAUAGGAGCAGCCACUGUCCUCAUUCCGAUUUACUCGGCAGAAAUGUCUCCCAAAGAGAUACGCGGUCGCCUUGGUGCUUGUUUCCAGCUAUUCUUCGCUCUAGGCGUCAUGAUCGCUUAUUGGACUACCUACGCCGUUUCAAAGGACCAACCCAAUGGAACUAAUCAGUGGCAGACGGCACUAGGCCUCCAGCUUCUGGGAUCAACUUUGUUACUUGUCGGCAUGUGCACUGUCAAAGAAAGCGCUCGAUGGCUCGCCUCCAAGGGAAAAAUUGACAAAGCACGCGAAUCGCUAAAGUGGAUUCGUGGCGGCGAGGAAACAGAAGAGCUCCAAAAAGAGUUCGAUGAGAUAUUGGUCGGUAUUGAGGAAGAGGCCCGCGUCAAGGAGAACCUAACGUUUCGCGAACUGUUCCUCCCUGCAAAUCGAUAUCGAUUCUUUAUUGCCAUCACAAUCCAACUCUGCGCCCAGCUAACUGGCAACACUUCACUGGCUUACUAUGCUAAUCAGAUUUUCCAAGCAGUAGGAGCCGGGGGCUCAGCGAAACUUGUAACCGGUUUCUUUGGCCUCGUGAAAGUGUGUGGUGUUCUCAUCUUCCAAAUAUUUGUGCUGGAUCGCAUUGGUCGCCGCGUCCCGUUUAUGGUGGGAGCCUUUGCAAUGGGUUCAUUCAUGUUGAUCAUUGCUAUCAUUCUGGCAACGCAUCCGGUUAACCCAAAUGCCACGAGUCCCACCUCGGCUGGUAUUGCCUGCAUCAUCAUGACCUAUGGAGAGGCAUUCAGUUACAAUAUGUCUUGGGGUCCACUCCCAUGGCUUUAUUUGGGGGAGAUCUUCUCCAGUCGCACGAGAGAGGCGGGAGUUUCUAUCGGUGCCGCUUCACAAUGGCUUUUUAACUUCACUCUCAGUCAAAUCACACCUCACGCCAUCGAGAAUAUCGGCUGGCGAAUGUUUUUAAUGUUCUCUAUCCUCAAUUAUGCCAUAAUUGGAUAUUCCUGGCUUGUGUUGAAGGAGACAUCGCAACACUCCCUCGAAGAGAUGCAGGAAGUAUUUGGAGGGCCGAAGCAUGAGCAGAAACAUGUGGAAGAUGCGAAGCCUGUUGAAAAUCGCGCGGAGCCUACACCUAGCUUGAAGCAGUAA